AUGGAAUUUGAAGGAGGGUUGAAGAAGAAAAUUUCUGGAAAAUUUCCUGAAUUUGGUGCUAUCUUCAUGUCAAAUGCAUCUACGAGGGUAGAGUGUUUUGAGAGAAAGCUCUUUGGUCUUCCAAUGUCUUCCGCUGACUUUGUUAAAGGAGUUAAGGUUGGAAUGAUUUUGUUUCUUUUCGAAUAUGAAAAGCGAGAACUUCAUGGAGUCUUCAAAGCAACUUCACAUGGUGAGCUAAAUAUCAUUCCUCAUGCAUAUAGUUCAUCAGGGAAGAAAUUCCCUGCCCAGGUUAGGUUUACCACAAUCUGGCACUGCCAUCCUCUUCAGGAAAAUGAAUUUCAGGAUGCUAUUAGAAAUAAUUACUUCGCCACAAACAGAUUCAACUUUGGGCUGUCUAAAGAUCAGGUUCACAGGCUUCUAAGGUUGUUUGAUUCAAGAAAGAUAAGAGUAUUCCAAUCUCAAAUUUUUAUAGGUGGUGAAACUAGAAAAAGGUAUCAUAAGUCUUCACUAAAGAAAAGAGAAACAGAGAAAGAUAAGUCCAAUCAUACUAAGAGUGCCAGAAAGAAACUGAAAAGGGAUAUUGAUAGCGUCUCGCAUUCUAAUGUAGAGCCCUUAGCAUAUUCUGGUAAACUGAUUGUGGCAAAAGAUGAAUCUCAACUGUUAGAUUCUGGAGAUUCACAUAUUGAAUGCGAGGAAUCUGAUAGCAUGCACUGUAAUUGCUCGUACUGUCCUGAAGGUCCUUAUAGCCAAGGCUCAUUAGCAUUUGUUGCCAGUCACAGCUCUGCUUCUGGACAGGAAUUGUGCCCUCAUCCUGACCAUGCUUUUCAAAGUGUUCCUGUUAGCGUUGGAGAAGAGCUUAAAGAGUUGGAAACUUCAGGAAAUUGUGAUAUUGAUCUUGGAGAUUACAUACCUUUGUUGCCCUCUGAUGAUUCUGACUCCACAGAUACCAGGCCUUCCCCAGAGUCUGGAUGUGUUAUGAAAGAUCACGUAGGUCUACCUUUUUCUGCCUCAGGUCUAUAUGAGGAUACAUGCCAACCAGUCCCUACUGCUUCUCCCAUCACAAAAGUAGAUGAUGUCCGCAUAAAUGAGAAUGCUUAUAGUUUAAAAUCCCCAAUGCACUACUGCCAAGAAAACAGCAAUUCAGAUUUUAUCUAUCAGUAUGCAUCUGUCUGUGGUCUGUAUUCUGAUGAUUCAAACAACCGAAGCAGUGUGUCCUCUCGUUUGAAUUUUUUUUCAGGGGUACAAGACAAAGAGGCUGAUACCAGAGUGGAGAAAUCAGUAUAUAACACAAGAAAACAAAAGAUGUGCAGUAUUGAAGUGGAUAAGUCAGCUCAAGAUUUCAUGGAAGGAUUGCAGCAAAUGCAUGACAAAUGGAAGAAAACAGUGAUAGUGUCUAGAUCUGUUGAAAGGGCAAAUGAUCACACUGCGAAUAAAAAAACAAGUGUAAGUAUGUGUUUGAGUAGGACUUCAGAACCUGAUGUACAAGAUAAUGACAUUUCUACGAGGUUGCAAGGGAGACAUGACAAACAGAGGAACAUGAGAGAAACUAAAUCCCCUGUUUCAGGAGGAAAGAGAACUAGUGUGUUUUUGCGCUUGAGUAGGACUUCAGAACCCGAUGUAAACAAUAGUGGCAGCUCUACAUUGUUGCAAGAGAGACAUGACAAGCAGAGGAAGAAACAAGAAACCGAAUGCCCUGUUGCAGGAAAAUUUAUCACUUACCACAUAUGGUAAGUUCAAUUUGCCUUAACAGUGAAAAUGAAGAAAUAGGCAAAAGCUUGACCGUUACAGACUCAGAUAGAGCAGAGCUGGAUGAUAAUACAAGUCCUUACUAGGCUAGUACUGCGGUCAAAAGGCCACUGAAGACAGGAAAGAGUCACCACCUUGCAUCAAACAGCUUGUAGAAGUCCAUGAGAAACUGACUGAUAACAAAGAUAAAUCUGAAUGUUAUGAGGCUAAUUCUGGAAUUAACGGAGAUGCGGGGUGUGGAAAAUCUAAUGAUUCGGGAAGAGCAGAUUGGUCAACAUUUAUAGUCAGUUCAGUCCAAGAGUAUGUCUUGAAUUUGCUUCUGUUUUCCUUUUUCUUUUACACCCAAUGAAUGGAAUUACUAGGCAACUAUAGGGAACAUGGUGGGACAUGGAACAUGUGCAAAAAGUGAAAUAGGGAGCAAUUGGAUUAGGAUAUAAAAGCAACAAAGUAUUAGGUCUUAGUUUCUUGUAGACAUGUGCAGUAGUGAAGCAAAAAUAGCAGAGAUAUGUACCCAAAAGAAAACAAUAGCAGAUUUUAUCAAACCAUGGAGAGAUUUAAGAGGGAAGGACAGGGAAAAGACAAUGUUAACUUCACUUAAUGUAUAUGGUGAGAGACUUACCUAACAUACUGUAGUUGGAUAAUGUUCAUAUGUCCGACAUUCCAAUAGUUUGUUAACUAUGUAUGUGGUGAGAGGCUUACAUAACACCUUGGCAU